ACUGCUGACCUCGAGCAAUCCACCCGCCUCGGCCUCCCAGAGGGCUAGGAUUACAGGCGUGAGCCACUGAGCCGGCCAAGUAUAUAGCUUUGAGAAAGGGCCUUUCUCUCUCUCUGCAUCUUGGUUUAUCUUUUCAGUGGGAACAUGGCUAACUGGCUCAUCUAUGUAGGAUUUGGUUUUCCCUUUUCUUCUUCCUAUGGACAGGUACCCCUUCUCCCUCCCUCACUCCAGUCCUAACCUGACCUUUCUGCCCAGAGCUCUGACACAAAGAGGAAGGGGUCAAGAAAGGCCAGAGUUGCAGACUGUAAGUCUUCGUGGGCCCCACAUCUUUCUACUGCUGGCUUUUCCAUCUAGUUGCUAUGUGACCCUGAGCAGAUUCCUGCUUUAACUUCCCUAUCAGGUUGGUGUAAUAGCUACUUAGCUAUUACAGUUCCUGUCCUUAGUGACCCUUGUCUGAAGGGGAAAUUACAGUGCUCAGGAGCCCUUACCUAUUCACAGGAAGGUGGUGGAUAGGCCCCUGGGCACUUGGAAGCCUCCAGAAGCUGACCAAGCAGGUCUCUCCAGCAAACAGCAAGCCCAGGCUAGCGCCCGGCCUGAUUCUGCAAAGCCUUUCACCCUCAGAGCACGUGAGGCAGCAGGCGGGGACACGCAGGGGGUCAAAGUUCUGUUUGCUUCCAUGGAGUCCCUGCUCUGUGACUGCGGUGCAGGCACACAGAGCACACAGAACCUGGCAAGGGACAGAAGGUGCAGGAGGGCCUGAGGCCAGUGGGGAAGCAGUGAGAGCUGAUGAGAGGCCUGGAAGCUUGGAGGCUGGGCCUGAGGGUCAAAGGCUUGGGGGAGGAGAUGAUCCACCGGUAGGUUUUAGGAUUGGUUCUUAAAACACAGAGAGACUAGUUAAGCCAGGUCCUGUAAUCUUAAGGCCUGUCAGGCCAGGCAGAGGGGUGAGGAGAAGGUCUCCCAAUCUAUUCAAGCUUCAUCCUAGCACAGAUUUGGCUCACUAUCUUCUCUCUGAAAUUGAGGUGGUCUUGGGAUUCUGAGUCAGUCUUCCUCACCUAGGGCAGGAGCUAUCCAAGUUUAGGUGACUUCUUUCUCAGACUGCCUACUCCAUAGCACAGCUAAGUUUAGGGCUGAGCACAAGGGCUGACUUCACCACUGAGUCCUAGCCACAUUGCCUAAGGCCCUGACAGCAUGCCACUCCAUCCCUAGGUCUGACAAGAUGUACCAGGUCCCACUGCCGCUGGACCGGGAUGGGACCCUGGUCCGGCUCCGCUUCACCCUGGUGGCCCUGGUCACGGUCGGCUGUCCAUUUGUCGCCUUCCUCUUCUGCAUCCUCUGGUCCCUGCUCUUCCACUUCAAGGAGACAACGGCCACACACUGUGGGGAUGUUCUCUGCGGCCUCCCAGCCCUUGGACCCCGAUGGGACUGUGUUCCGGCUCCGCUUCACAGCCAUGGUCUGGUGGGUCAUCACUUUCCCUGUGUUCGGCUUCUUCUUCUGCAUCAUCUGGUCCCUGGUGUUCCACUUUGAGUACACGGUGGCCACUGACUGUGGGGUACCCAAUUACCUGCCCUCGGUGAGCUCGGCCAUCGGCGGGGAGGUGCCCCAGCGCUACGUGUGGCGUUUCUGCAUCGGCCUGCACUCGGCGCCUCGCUUCCUGGUGGCCUUCGCCUACUGGAACCACUACCUCAGCUGUGCCUCGCCAUGUCCCUGCUACCGCCCACUUUGUCGCCUCAAUUUCGGCCUCAACGUUGUGGAGAACCUCGCGCUGCUAGUGCUCACCUAUGUCUCUUCCUCAGAGGACUUCACCGUGCACGAAAAUGCUUUCAUUGUGUUCAUUGCCUCUUCCCUCGGGCACAUGCUCCUCACCUGCAUUCUCUGGCGGCUGACGAAGAAGCACACAGAUCGAAAGUCCUACAGCUGGAAACAGCGGCUCUUCAUCAUCAACUUCAUCUCCUUCUUCUCGGCGCUGGCUGUCUACUUUCGGCACAACAUGUAUUGUGAGGCUGGAGUGUACACCAUCUUUGCCAUCCUGGAGUACACAGUUGUCCUAACCAACAUGGCGUUCCACCUGACGGCCUGGUGGGACUUCGGGAACAAGGAGCUGCUCAUAACCUCUCAGCCUGAGGAAAAGCGGUUCUAAACCCUUCUGUUCUGCUUGGGAGGAGGCAGCCUACUGCCCAGAAACAAGAAAUAAGAAACCACUCUGGCCUUCCCCACCCCAUGUCCUCUCUGGGCUCUACUGAAGAUGGGGGAGGGAGAAGAAGGAAGGGCAUAGGCCAAGGCUGACCCCAGUGCUGCUGGCUGUUCCUUCUCCCCCCUCAUAUGAGCACAAGGGCUCUCAAGCAACAUCACCCUUACCUGAGAGGCCUCAAGAAGCUGAGCUGGCAAGAGAGCUCCACCAUUUGGUGCUAAAAAAAGCUGUGAGGUUCAUGACUCUUACAUAGCCACCUUUCGCUGAGGUCAGGAACCACUGAGCAGUGGCUGCUACCUGAAUACUGCAGCCAUUUCUCUCCACGGGGUCAUUCACUUGACUAAUGAUUCUAAUGAUCUACUGUGCACAUGCAGGCCUGUGGCCACAGUCCCCUGAUGAGGUUGCCCCGGUGUUCUGGUCCUGACUUCACCUCUUUGAUUUAGUGUAUGCCCUAGGGUGUGCACACUUCCCUAUCUGAGCCUCAGUGUGUCCAUGUGUAUGAUGUGGGGGUGGGUGUGCUGUAUGAUUUCCAAAGGCUCUGCCAGUGUGUGGUUUGGCCAUCAUCCGACAGAGGUGGUGUUCUGUACCUGAAGGAUGACCUUUUCCAGAAAAGAACCAGCACAGCAUUUACUUCCCUUCUGAAACUUCUGGUAUACAGACCCUCCCUCUUCUGCAAAAGUAUGAGGUGGAAGGGUCAGAGGCACAGAUCCCUAACCCCAAAUGGGCUCCCUGGUAUUCCUCCAUCUUCCCGACUACCCCAGAUCCUGAGCUCUUUUGGCUGUACAUUUUAUUUUAAAGGAAAAUAAAUUUUUUUUCUUUUUUUUGCCAA